CUUAUUGUGUACAACAUGAAGUUUGUGACUGCUCUGUUGGUCAUAUCCUUGGGGAUCCUGGUCUUGGCUGAGGCCGAUCCAGGUGUGGAAAGGUGUCCUGGGGUUUGCACAAGGGAAUAUAGACCAGUGUGCGCCGAAUGGCGUAGGGGUAUAAUACGUCCCAUAGUCAGUCGAUGCACCUUCUCCACUAAAUGUGUUCUUAAUAACCACAGAUGCAGAACGAAUCAAAAUUGGGUAAUCGUCGAUGAGAGACGUAAUUGCAGGCGUGAAACUCCGGAUUGCGAUGAGCUACGAAAAUCGACCUAGAAAUAAAAUCUCUUAAUGAUAUCUGUGCUUACAAUAAAGCUGCAUAUUUUGCUCA